UUUCCUUUUUCGCUCAAUUGGCAGGAAGAGGUGGUUUCGGAUCACUGCGCAACGCCACAAGAGAACGUGUCCUAGUUGGUGGUAGUACUAACCAGCAGCUUUUUACGCACACCCUGCUCCAGAGAAGGCAGCAGCAGCAGCUCAGAUCAGAUUUCACAUUCAGCUCCGACCAGCUGAGAGAGAGAGACUCAGCCACAGAGCAGGAGGGCGCGUUUCUCCGCUUCCCCCUCAUCCGAUCCCCGCGCGCUCUGCUCGGCGAGCGCCACCAGAUCCAUCUGCGAGGAACCGACGGGUGCGCAGCGCAAAUUAUAAAACAACUCUCCAUUGGGAUAUUUUUGAUCCCCUGCCUCCCUUUUUUCCUUCUUUUUUGUAUGAAUUAUUGCAGGAUUUCAGCAGCGAGAGCUCCACACAUAAUUAGAUAAGAGGGGGAAGAAGAGAUGGACGAGCAGACGAGGCUGAUGCACUCUCACACCGGGGUAGGCAUGGCAGGACACCCCGGCCUGCCUCAGCACAUGCAGGACAGCACCGGAGGGUCGGACGGCGACGGCAGGAAACAGGACAUUGGAGACAUUUUACAGCAAAUCAUGACCAUCACAGAUCAGAGUCUGGAUGAAGCGCAAGCCAGGAAACACGCUCUCAACUGUCACAGAAUGAAGCCAGCGCUCUUCAAUGUCUUGUGUGAAAUCAAAGAGAAAACAGUUCUGAGUAUCCGUGGCGCCCAGGAGGAGGAGCCCCCAGAUCCCCAGCUCAUGCGGCUGGACAACAUGCUGCUGGCUGAGGGCGUGUCUGGUCCGGAGAAAGGCGGUGGUUCAGCGGCGGCGGCGGCUGCAGCGGCGGCCUCGGGAGCCGCGGCGGCGGAGAACUCUACGGAGCACUCCGAUUACAGGGCCAAGCUUACCCAGAUCAGACAGAUAUACCACACAGAGCUGGAGAAGUAUGAACAGGCAUGUAACGAGUUCACCACUCAUGUGAUGAACCUGUUGAGGGAGCAGUCACGCACGCGGCCCAUCUCGCCCAAAGAGAUCGAGCGCAUGGUGAACAUCAUCCAUCGCAAGUUCAGCUCCAUCCAGAUGCAGCUCAAACAGAGCACCUGCGAGGCUGUCAUGAUCCUGCGCUCCCGCUUCCUCGAUGCCAGACGAAAAAGACGAAACUUCAACAAGCAGGCGACAGAGAUCCUGAACGAGUAUUUCUACUCGCACCUCAGUAACCCCUACCCAAGCGAGGAGGCUAAAGAAGAGCUGGCAAAGAAGUGCGCCAUCACAGUGGCCCAGGUUUCUAACUGGUUUGGGAAUAAAAGAAUCAGAUACAAGAAAAACAUUGGUAAGUUCCAAGAAGAAGCCAACAUGUACGCUGCGAGAACUGCCGUGAAUGCGGCUAAUGCAUCCUCACAUGGAAGCCAAGCAAAUUCACCCUCAACUCCAAACUCUGCAGGUUCUGCUGGCUCUUUUAACAUGUCAAACUCCGGGGACUUGUUCAUGAGCGUGCAGUCUCUCAAUGGGGACUCGUACCAGGGGGCUCAGGUGGGAGCCAACGUGCAGUCACAGGUGGAUACCCUUCGCCAUGUUAUCAGUCAGACAGGCGGAUACAGUGAAGGACUCACAGUCAACCAGAUGUACAGUCCGCAGGGCAUCAAUGCAAACGGUGGCUGGCAGGAUGCUCCGACCCCCUCGUCAGUGACUUCACCUACAGAAGGACCCGGAAGCGUUCACUCUGACACAUCCAACUGAUCCUCCACCCCCUCCUCGCUCCUCCUUCCUCUGCUUCCCCUCCUUCCUCAGCCCCCAGACCCUCCCCCCCACUUCAGCCAUAUCUCCUGAAACGUAACCCCAUGACCCUGCUGGGAUUGAUCGUGAUGUGCUGUAUGUAGUCACACUGCAGGACACAAUGUAGGGUCUGGGACGAUUUUUUCACCAUUACGGACAAAAGCGUUUCACCUUUCCCCGUUUGGACCACCACCGCACUGUCAGCAGCCUGCGUGGGGGACUCGCAUCCACCCUCGCAGUUUGUACAGUUUCCACUUGAUGUCCACGUUGCCUCAUUGUAUUUCUCUUACAUUAUAUAUUCACACAUAAGGCACAGUUAGCAGCAUAUUUGCCCCACAUUGUGUAAAUCUUUCACACUACCACUUUUCGAGAAAGGCAAACAACAUUUCGGUUAGAUAACAUUUUCCUAAGGAUUCGAAUCGUUCUGUAGACCACAUGCCCUGUCAUUACACCUCUGUCUUUAUUUGUACUCGCAGAUUUGUUUUUGUUUAUCUACAGUGCCAAAGUUCAACCCUGGAGGUGAAUUUUGAUAAUGUUACAUCACGUGUUUUUUAUCUCAUGACCAUACAUUUUUCAUGCAAUACUUUGUGAAGCAUUAAUGUCUUAGUCAAGUUAUUGUUAGCCAGGUAAUAUCCUAGUACUCAGCCUCAAGUUUAUAUCGUUUGCAUUCAGAGCUUCUACAGCAGACUGUGUCAUGUAAUGCGUUUUAUCUUUUACUGCCGGAGCCGAGGGUUUUUCUUCUCACGUGCAGUUCAAACAGAGAGCAGUCGCAGUUUUUACACAACCACUUAACCAAUUGAGGUGUUGCUGUGUCACACACACGUCGACUGCAUCAACAAAGAAAAAUUGACCUGAAACACUCAAAUCGAUGACAGCAUUAGCAGCAAUUAUGGCACGCCAAUACGAAUUAAAGCACAAUAACACCGAAGGAUUGAGCUCAAAGGGUUGCAUCUGUACAUGUCAAUAAUAGUAGUAGUCAUAUAUGGAAGCAGCAGAGUGUAGAUACAUAAGAUUAUCAGUCAGUGUGCAUCAGUGUAGCCAAAUACUGCUGGUAACCAAAUCCAAACUAAAAAAACUGUAAUUCAGAUUUUAACACACCACAACUCUCACUUAAGACAACAUUUUUCAUUUAUGGCGCAAAAACAUUUGUGUAUCACCCUGAGAGACGUGACGGGACAUUUCAACACAGAAUACAUUUUUGGUUUUUGCUCAAACUAAAUUAUUCUUCAGGACAAGACAUUUUUCAACAAAAUAUAUGUCAAAUGCGAACAAUAAGAAAAACUCAGUCGUCCUUUGAGAACACUAGAGGGAAUGUUUGAAAUUAAACACCUUUUGAUUUGUUUAAAAAUAACAUUCAUCAACACCAACCAAUCCAAAAUGUGAAGUUAGAUGUGUGACUUUUGUUGUAUGUACAGUAAAGUAUGUGGUCUAACAUGUAUUCAUGAAUACAAUAGUCCUCAUGAGAUAUCAGCAUUUACACACUUUGAUACCAAAAAAAAGGCAGAAUUUGUAUCCUCUUACAUUGGGAUCAGCUUUAUCAACGUUUUCGUUCUACUCUUUUCAUAGGAUUUUAUUAACUAAGGUACGAGGGAGCAGCUCAUAAUGCUCCAGUACUCAAAGCCAAAAAAAUGCAGUUGGAAUACAUUAGUGUUUAUAUAAAUGAAAUGGAAAAAUACCCUGAUGGCACACAAAUCCAGAUGAUGUUUGGAUAUAUUUUUAUGUCUCCAUUUUGUGAAUAAUUCAUCAUGUUUUUGUUUUCAUAUUACUGUGUUGCUUUGCUACAGGACUAUGUUUCUUUUUUUAAUGCUACCAUUGUAUGUGAAUUAGCUCAAGAAUGCUCUAUAUACAGUCUGUAGAUAUGCACCUUUACUCUUUUUUUUUUUGUUUACAUCUUUAAAAUUCGGACAGUAGCCAUUUUGCCUGUUUCCGAGAUAGCUGCUGUCCAAAUGAAGGUGAAGUGAAAAGUCAGUGUUAACAUCGCCCUCUGGCCCAGUUUUUAGCUCAGCUGAACCCUCACACGAGACAGGAUUCAGUCCCAAGAGCCCAACCAGUCUCAAAACAGCCCGAGAACCACAGGAGUUUUAUUUUUUAUUUUUAGCAGUUGUGAGUGUGUUUGUAUUUAUUACACAUGUAUCAAAUCAAGGUUGUUUUUCGGAGUGUGGAAGUCAACCACAGCGUGAUCACACCAAACAGACUCCUUGGGAUCAUUCAGAGCGGCUCCUCCUCACCUAUCCUGCUCAGUAUUACAGUCGAGGGGCCGAGCACCAUCCAAGUGAUGCACAGACCCUGCCUCAGUCGUGUCUUCUCAAGUCAUUGGAGUGAAUUGACAGCAGCGGCCAUGCAAGGCAAACACAAGGGUUGUUUUUGCACGCCCUUAGAAAGAAAAGGCUUAACUCUGCUUUUCACAUUGCCUGUCAAAUAUUAUCGAAGCUUCAUGUAAUGAUGCUUUUUAGUUUUUGAAUAUAAAAGGAAAAGAGACAUGAAAAGAAAAAUGAACAAUUUGUAAAACAUGAAAUGUUUUAUUUGUUGCAUGUCUUUUUGUUCUUCAAUAAAAUAACGUACUGCAGUGUUUUGAAUGUUAACUUCUUUUUUAUAAGGAUUUGAGAGUGAAAUCAUGGAGCCUUUUUCUUGACAGGUUUUAACUUUUAAGAUCUCUGCGUAUGUAAAAAGAAAUGAAAUGGAAAACUAUUUUUCAUUCCAACUCAAAACCUGUUUUCUGUGGAGAAAAAUAGCGGAAAGGUGUAGGUUCUAUGGUCUCUUAAUUUGUACUGGCAAUGCGUAUCCCAAAUAAAUAGUUUCUUUUGUUGCAUAAA